AUGCAAUCACGGUACAAUCACGGUACAAUCACGUCACAACCUUCCAUGCAAGCAACACACGCCACUCCUAGGCGACUGGACUUCCUUGUUCCCCCCUCCUUCUCUCCUCCCUCCCUCCCUCCCUCCCUCCCUCCCUCCCUCCCUCCCUCCCUCCCUCCCUCCCUCCCUCCCCCCCCUCCCUCCCUCCCUCCCUCCCUCCCUCCCCCCCUCCCUACCCUUCCGUUUUCCCUUUUCGUUCCCCACCACAACCACUCACUCUCCCUCCCUCCUGUGUGCAGGGGAGCAGAUCCAAAGCAGCUCGCCUUCUCUCUCGCCCUUGGCUUCGUCACCGGCCUCUUCCCUCUCUGCGGUACACCCACUCUACUCUCGAUUCUAUGCUACAAGAGGCCUGACAACAGCUCUAUGUGCGGUCUGACGGCAGCGCUGUGUGCGGUGGUGGCAUAUGUACUGCGCUCCAGGAGCCAUGGGCCCACUAUGAUGUUUGCCACGUUCCUCGCCACGCCUGUGGAAGUCAGCCUCAUAAUCCCUUACAUGCGUCUGGGAGAGUGCCUAGCACGGUCUGACCAUCACGCCAUCUCGCCAGCAGCACUGCUCGCUGCGCUCUCCUUCUCUCACUCCGGAGGCAAGGCGUCCGCGCGCCUCCUCCUCGGCCUUGUCCACGCGGUGCUCGCAUGGCUGGUGACCGCCCCUCUCCUCGUCUGGCUCUUCUACCGCUUGCUGCUUCCCUUGGCGGUUCGCUUCACGAGACGAGCACCCCUCUCCCAUGUCACCACGGGUAUAGUCAUAGGCAGUAGCUCCGGUGCUGCUGGUGGCGGUGGGCAUGUUGCUGGUAGCAGUGCAAGCAGCAUCACACAUCCCACACACACGCACGCUGUGCACUCGCAUGUGAAUGCACAUGCAGGGAUGUAUGCUGCUAGUGCACAAACGGAUGUAACACGUGGGGGGAUAGGGCAUGGUUCGAUUGAUGUCUUGGAUCCCAGGGAGGAAUGA